UGCUAACAUGAAAAUUUUAAAAAUUAUUAAAGACAAAUAGAGUUACACCGUAAGCACGGGCAUAUUAUAGUCUUCUCUGGGCGACUGGGCGAGCACGGCUGCGGAGAGGCGGCGUCGGCGGGCAAGAGCGGUGCGGCGUCGGCGGAAGAGAGCGGCGGCGGCGGUGGGCAAACGCGGUUGCGGAUGGGGAGAGGCGGCGCCGACGACUCUGCGCCGCUCGGCCUUGUCGUCAUCGGCGGCUCCGGGCACGGACCUCAUCGUCGGCGUUGGCGGCGGGGGUGGCCUCUCCGGCGGCGGCAGUGGCGGGGAGGGGAUGGCUCCUCCGGCUGCGACGGCGCGGGAGAGGCCGGCGGUGAGGGCGCGGAGAGGGAGGAGGCGGAGAGGCCGGCGGCGAGGGCGUAUGAGGAGGAAGGCGCCGUCCGCGGUUUGCUGCUGCUUUCCCUUCAACGUCGUCGAGCUCGUCGUCCUCGCGGCCGUCCGCGUUCCCGCCACACUCUGCCGCUACGCCGUCCGAGGUGGACGCCGCCGCUGCGUCCGCUCCGCGAAGCGGAAGGCCGCCAAGGCCAGGAAGGUAGAGGCCGAGUUCCCGGGCACGCCCAUGGCCGAACACCUCGGGUAGGAGGAGGCGGCACGGCGGAAGUCGGGACUGCAGGCGGCGCUGCACCGGGUGGCACGCUUGCUCUCUGGCGCCGGGGAAGACACCCCCCCCCGGGCGCCGACCACCGCGUGCUACUCUCCGUCCUCGCUUGCCCGCUCUCCCCCGUCCCCAUCCUCCCCCCGCCAUGUGGCGUCGUCGGCGCAGUACAUCGUGAUGUGGCAGCUGGCGCCCAGCAUGUGGAUCGUCGAUUAUUUUGCCGAUUAUUCCAUUGUGCCGAUUAUUUUGUUAUUUUGGUGCUCGUCGUCGGGAUGCCGAUUAUCUCCAUUCCUGAUGGCGCCGUCGUUCUUGGCGAGGCCCAGCGGGAGGCUCGUCGUGCUCCGGCCGGGAAGUUGCCUACGAAGGAGACGGCGACUAGCAGCAGCACCAGCCAUUGGCCUCGUCGCCGGCGACAACCUCACCGUCCCGCUCCGCUGCGCCUGCCCCUCGCUGCCACAGUUCGCCGUGGUGGUGGCCGCGGCGCUCGACGCUCGUCACGACAUGGCCUGCACAAGAGGAGAGAAGUGAGAGAGAGAGAAAAGGAGAGAGACGACGUGGACACCUGACACGUGGGGCCCACGUGAGUCCCACGCUGACUCAGCCGCCACGUAGACUAAAACCGAGGUCAAAACCACCGGAGGAUCCUGGGUGACCGGUUUUGUAUAGUUAAGAGAUCCAACAUAUAUGGUUCUGCGGUUCGAGGAUGAUUUUGUAUCCCAAUGACAAGUUGAGAGAUCUUCGGUGCAGUUUUUCCUACUUGUUUUAAUAUAGCAAGAGUUUAUUUUGCCUCUCUCACUUAUAAGCUGAGUCACCUAGUCUGAUUCUUGUCCACCGGAUACAGAGACUUUCUCAG